CGCACUCAGCUCACUUUAGCAGGGGAACACAUUCACAUUCCCUUCCUUCCAAAAAUCUUCACUUUUUGUGCUCCACUCUCUCUCUCUCUCUCUCCCUCAUCAUUUCUAACCUUUCAAUUCUUCCGUCUUCUACUCAUCUGAAACUCUUUAAUUGCAAAUUCCAUCAAAAUCUUCAAUUGGGGUUUCCAGAAGUCCUGAUUUUGGGCGUUAAUCAGGUGAGAUUCUUUGGAUUUCUUGCCUUUUUUAAUCAAUGUGAUGUAGAAUUUUUGUGGGUAUCUAGUAUUUUUUUGAGAAAUUUAAGGUUUUUGUUGUUUAUUUUAGAUUUCUUUUAUACAUUAAUGAUGGGUUUUGGAUUGCAUGAACUAUUCACUGGUAAUUUUGAGCAGAUUUCAUUACUUUAAUGAGAAAUUUUCUUUCUUGGAAAAUAUUGUUGUUGUGCGAUUAUGGAAAUUUGGUGCAAAAUUAAAAGUUAGUUGCAAUAUGAGCUGUUGUGAGUUGUGAAUUUUGGGUGUUUUUGGGGUUGGAAUUGCAAUUCCAUUAAGAUGCUAUCAGUGAUACAUUUAUGAUGUUUGGGAUAUUUCCAAGUUUUUAACUUGAGAAUUCUUGUAAGUUUUGCUGCAUUAAUUGAGAAUGGAUGAUAAGGAGAAUGAUACAAGAUAUCCUCGAAAUUCGUCGUAUCAACAAGAUUAUGAUUCAAGGUACCCUAGGGAAAGUAAUCAAUUUACUGGUGGAACGGAGGAAGAUUUAGAUGAUGAAACGGGGGAGGAAGAAGUCGAAACGAAUGGAGUUAUAAUGAUAGGCAAAGAUACCUUUGAUGAUGAUGAGGAAGAGGAUGAUGAGGUUACUGAUGAUGAUGAGGAAGAGGAGGAUGAUGGUGACCAAGGUGAUGGUGAACAAUUUAAUGAAAAGGAGGAUAUUGGCAAUGGAAGGCCUCAAAAGAAGCGAAAGUUAAGAACCCUAAUAUCGAAUUAUGAGUUUGCUCCGCGUGUACCCAACCCACAUGUUCAGAAAGCUAAGGUAACUCAGCCAUUAUCGUGUGGGACGCUGUGUGUGGGAGAUUGGACUGAGAGAGAGACAUCUGCGUUAUUAGAUGCAUGGGGAGAGCGGUUUCUUAGACUAGGAAGGAAGAAUCUUCGUGCCGAGGAAUGGCAAGAGGUUGCAGAGAAGGUAUCACAUCAGACUAAAAUUGAAAGAACUGAUGCUCAGUGUCGAAAUCGAUUGGCUACGUUGAAGAAGAAGUAUAAGAAAGAAAAUAUGAGAUUGGCAGCCCGUAGAAGUGGCAGUAGCAGUAGCAAGUGGGUUUUCUACAGAAAGAUGGAUACGUUGCUUUCUUCUCCUUCACAGCAGCAUACUGGUCUUUCAUGUGGAAUCGACUCAGGGGAGUAUGUUUUUAUGAACCCUAACACUUACUUGAACCGUGCAAAUGGAUUGGAUGAGAUGAGAGAUAGUCCGGAGAAUUCAGAGUCGCGGAGAAAUGAGAAGGAUGAUUCAGAUGGACUUCCUCCAACCAAGGGAAAGAGGAAAAGAGGAAGAAGAGUUGACGAUUCUUUCCAAUUGCUUGCAAAUUCUAUGCAGAAAUUCAGUGAUAUGUAUGUGAAGAUUGAAAGUAAGAAGAGAGAGCAGAUGGUAGAGCUGGAAAACAUGAGGAUGGAAUUCCAUAAGCAAAUAGAAACAGAAAGGAGACAGAUUUUGGAGAGAGCUCAGGCUGAGAUUGUGAAAAUAAGGCAAGGUGAUGAUGAUGAAAAUGAUCUCUCUGCUGAAAAUCUGAGCGGAUAAAUUGACACUAUUAAGAUCAUAAGAUGUAAGAAUUAGUUAGUAUUCAGCUGUAACUAGUAAAUAAUGUAGUUCAUUGAUUGCCUGUUAAAUGUUGUACCAUAUUCUGUAACUACUUUGCCAAUUCCAUCUUUAGAUUAGGAAGAUGUAAUCAAGAUUAAUAUGAUAACACGGUCUCUCGCUCGACCGUCUGUGUGUUGUAUCGUGGCUUCUGUGGUGAAUGUAACAGAUUCGAGCAUUCAGCUUAUCAAAAGUUUGUACAAUUGGCAUUAUUUUGAUUCAUAGAUUAACGAAGUUGUUGCGCU